ACUCAGCCAAAAGUCUUUUGAAAUUUCCCGGUGGUCUUUCAACCGGCGGCAACUGUUGGCUUAGCGAAAGUCCAGAAACUGGCAAAGAGAGCUUUUUGAAAUCUUCUUUCUCAUUCUCUUGCUAGAUAGCCGGUCAAAGGCUAUUGCUUUCGUUCGUUGUUUUAAGGUAUCUACUCUUUCAGUUAUGCAUUGUUCUUGUGUGCAAAUCCGGUGAUUCUGUAUUUUUUAUAUGUUCAUGUGCAUUGAUCAUUUCCAUUCAAACAGAGAUUUCAUAAGCAUUUGAUAUCUGAGAAGUAUUUUUCUGUCACUUUUGUUCGAAAAGUAGUUCAGAUUUCAGGUGUAAACUGUUUUGAGUAGAUGCGGAGAAUCAAGGAUAAAUUAUCAACAAGGUUAAUGAAUGUUUGUGUGGCAUCUCUUUGUAAAGCCAAAAAAUUAGAGAAAGCUGAAAUUGUUAUAGUUGAUGGCGUAAGAAUUGGAUUACAACCAGAUGUUGUCACUUACAACACAUUGAUUGCUGCAUAUUGCCGCUUUGUUGGCAUAGAUGCUGGUUAUUCCAUCCUUAAUAGGAUGAAAGACGCUGGAAUUAACCCUGAUGUUAUUACCUAUAACGCUUUGAUUGCCGGAGCUACUAGAUAUUCUCUGUUAUCUAAAUGUCUCGACCUGUUUGAUGAAAUGCUUGAGAUGAGAAUUCUUCCUGAUAUUUGGAGUUACAACUCAUUAAUGAAUUGUUUCUUUAAAUUCGGGAAGCCAGACGAAGCUUACAGGGUUUUUCAAGAUAUUCUUUUGAAAGAUAUAUCUGUUCAUUCAGCAACGUUUAAUAUUUUAAUUAAUGGACUGUGUAUGAAUGGAUAUACUGAGAAUGCCCUUAUGCUAUUUAGGAGUUUAAAGCGUCAUGGAUUUAUUCCUCAGUUAGUAACUUACAACAUUCUUAUUCAUGGGUUGUGCAAGUCAGGACGAGGAAACGUUGCCAGAGAGUUCCUCAACGAAUUGGUAGAAUCAGGUCAUAUCCCGAAUGCCAUCACUUAUACGACAGUAAUGAAAUGUUGCUUCAGAUAUAGACAAUUUGAAGAAGGCCUUAAAAUCUUUGCAGAGAUGAGAAACAAAGGAUAUACAUAUGAUGCCUUUGCUUACUGUACAGUUGCAAGUAUGUUACUUAAAACUGGGAGGAUAACUGAGGCCAAUGAGUACCUGGGAUAUAUUAUUACAAGUGGCUUUACCCUUGACAUUGUGUCUUUUAAUACCAUUUUUAAUCUAUAUUGUAAGGAAGGUCAGCUGGAUAAUGCUUAUAAGUUGUUAUAUGAGGCAGAAAAUGGAGGCUUGGAAUCUGACAAGUACACCCAUGCUAUCUGGAUUGAUGGCUUGUGCAGGACUGGUAAUUUCCAAGAGGCCCAGCAACAAUUGAACCGUAUGAGUGUGAUGGGUUUUGAUUCUAACUUGGUUGCGUGGAAUUCUUUUAUCAAUGGGUUGUGUAAAACUGGUCAAUUGGAUUAUGCUACACAUAUAUUUGAGUCAAUGGAUACGAAAGAUUCUGUUACUUACUCUACCAUAGUCCGUGGUCUUUGCCAAGCUAGGAGGUUUCGCGCAGCAUCUAAGUUACUACUAUCGUGUAUUAGAGGUGGCAUGAGAAUUCUUAAAUCAGAUAAACGAAUUGUUGUUGAUGGUCUUCGUAGUUGUGGACUUACACAUGAAGCAAGGAAGGUCCAGUCUAAAAUUCAAAUGGCUAAGCUUCUGCAUUAUUGAUAAAGAAUGGUCAUCAACUUUGCCACUGAAGUUUUAACCAUAUUUAUUGGCUAAGAGUUCUACAUUAUAACGAUUUUGUGGAAGUUGAAAUUUAAGAGAUAAUGCAACUGAGAAUACAACCUAUGUUAACCAGUUUUAAGUGGGUAGAAGUAUUCACUCCUCUUGUAAAAGGCAAACACAAUGACGUACUGAUGUUAGUUUUGAGCAGACAAAUGAUAGCUUUUGGAGAUUCUCUUCCAGCUGCGGAUGGAUCAAGCAUAAAAUUUAUUUGCUCAGCUUACAAGGCGCAGUUGCUCUAUCUCCCCGGGAACAACUUCCAACUGGAGCUGCACAAUCUAGUAUGAGUUCAUAUAGGCAUACCAUCAGACAAUAUUCUUCAGCCUGCUUGCUGUAGAAGAAAUGCUGACAAUUCAGGUGACGAUGCAACUAAUAUCUGUCCAGGAAUGUGCAUCUUCCAAGACAUUGUUCAGGAGAAAAUGUUCACACAUAUUGACAAAUAGGAGGUAUCCAUAUGUUUGCGUUGUGGAUUAUGAGACAACGACUUGAACAUUAUAUCUAGUUUGAUGCAUAGAGGGAGUCAUUUACGGUUGGAAUUGAGCUCAGUGAUGCCUUCAUUUUUCUUCUGUUCUUUGCUAAGUUAAGCAUGGCUAGUCACUCCACAUUUCAGAUAUCAUUUCUUCACUGCAAACAGGCGUUGCUGUUGGAACUUAUAUUCUGAAGUCAUCCUUUUGGUUCGUGCAGAACUGGUGUUCUGUUUUGUCACUGGGGACUUUGAGAUGCCCUGAGUGGAUAAGGAAUCCGCUCAUGUUUAGUCCAAAUAUGUCUCCCGUUUUUCUCGAGAGGGUAUGUCCUGCUAACCCGAAGCUUAGACACUGAUGAUGAACCCUUUUAGUAUGUUUCCAGCUUAUUUCUUGCAUAUGACAUAUUUUCUCCUAACUUGGAUCUUGGAAAAUCUGCUUUAGAAAUCUGAAAGGGUGACAGGUUCAAGUCCCAAUACUAGUGUGUACCGGUGAGAGAUAAAUGUAGUAGUCGAGAUGUGCAUAAGUUGAUGAGAAUACUACCUGGUUGGAUGUUGUUAAAAGUUGAAAAGAUUAAUGAGUGGUGGAUUGCAAAAGAAACGGAUUGAUCAAUGAAGAGUGACAUCAGGUGGAGAAAAUGGUAAGGAAAAAAAAGGCAGAAAAGGUCCAUGGCGGAGGUAUUUUGGCAGAAUGCGGAAACAAGAGUCAUGUAAAAUAGUAAUUGUUCAUCGUGACAUGUCGACGUGCCACCGCUAUGGCUUUAGGUAUGGAAGGCGACUGAUUGCUCUGCGCAUUAUUAUUGUGCUGUGCAAAUAUAUACAAUGGGGUGAUUGUGGUGGUCCAUUACUUCCUCAAUUGUCUUCCCCUUUUCCUUUCUUUUCUGUCUUCUUAUAUCUCAUUCUAUAAUCUCUUGUAUCUACACCAAAUGUCUAUAGUCUAUACAAACAACAAAACAUGUCUUCUCCUCGAUGUCCAUACUCUCCUAUCUAGAGUUCUUGUCUCUCUAAUUCUUCCUCUGUCUACCUCGACCCCUCCUCAAUAUAUAUAAGAUAUGUGUUUUUCAUGUAUAUAUUUACCCUUUCACCAGGGUUAAGUGAUAAUAGACUUUUAUAUGUUAAUUUGUAAUUGCUAUGACUGGUCUGAUGUACCCAGUAUUUUCCAUGUUUUUAUAAACCCUCCUAAAUUAUUUUGAACUGAACAUCAAAAUUAAGACACAUUCAUAAUUCUCAUGUGGGUAUUACUUUAAGCCCUACAAAGUUUAUAUAAUAGUAGUAUCUUGUCAGAUAUUCUUGACGAUUUAUAUUCUUUUACAGAAUAAAGAAAUGGUUAUAAUUCCAUUAUGCAUCACUCUCUUCAUCACGUUCAUUAAUCAUUAUUCAAUACAACUCUAAAAAAAUACUUUUAGUUAAAUAUUGUAGCUGGUGAUGGCUAAAUAUAAGUUGCGCUUUAUAGCAUUUCUUUGCGUAGAAGAUUGACAUUUCUCUUUUUAACUUUUUGUAUUGUG